CCCUGACAAAAAAAGUCCAAGCUGGAGCAUAUUCUACAGAGAAGGCCCAAAGAGGCUUCUCUAUUGACCAGUGUUAUUCACGGCGUACAGAGGGGACUCCCACAUCAAGCCUGGGAUACGUGGAAUGGAUUCUUGAUAGCUCUGACUGCCUUUGAACUUGUGGCGGUCAUGCUUCAACUUCCUACGCGCUGCGCUAUAGGCAUGAGCCUAUACUCACCCAGCAUUUGGACUGCAGCUCCCGGGGUGACCCAGAAACUGCAGAUGAGAGGGAACACAUUUCACAUACUUACGUGGACUAAUUGGGAAAAGGGUCUGAGCUUCUUGGAAGUGAAAGACCAGCUGCUGCUCAUGUACCUAAUGGAUCUCAGCCACCUCAUCCUGGACAAAGCCUCGGGAGGAUCUCUGCAGGGGCAUCCCGCAGUUUUGAGGCUGGUGGAAAUCCGCACGGUUUUAGAAAAACUUCGCCCCUUGGACCAAAAACUGAAGUAUCAGAUUGACAAACUGGUUAAGACUGCUGUGACAGGCAGCCUCAGCGAAAGUGACCCACUUCGAUUUAAGCCCCAUCCCAGCAAUAUGAUAAGCAAGUUGAGCUCUGAGGAUGAAGAGAACGAUGGCGCAGAGGAGGGCGAGUCCGAGGCUUCAGGGAAGAAAUCUGUGAAGGGCUCAUCCAAGAAAUACGUCCCACCGCGCCUGGUCCCAGUGCAUUAUGAUGAAACAGAAGCAGAGCGGGAGCAAAAACGCCUGGACCGGGCGAAGCGGCGAGCGCUGAGCAGCUCUGUGAUCCGCGAGCUGAAGGAGCAGUACUCAGACGCCCCCGAGGAAAUCCGAGACUCCCGGCACCCCCAUGCCACUCGCCAGAGUCAGGAGGAUCAGCACAGGAUUAACUAUGAAGAGAGCAUGAUGGUGCGUUUAAGUGUGAGCAAGCGCGAGAAAGGACGGCGAAAGCGAGCAAGUGUUAUGAGUACGCAGCUUCACUCCCUCACACACUUCAGUGACAUCAGUGCUUUGACAGAAGGGGCCCCCCAUCUUGACGAGAGCCAGGGUCCUGCUAAAAAGCGCAAGAAGAUGCUGAAGAAAGGCCGAAAGAAGAAAGGUUUCCGGAGGCGCCGGUGACGCGCUUCUGCACUCUCAUCUGGGUGCUCCGCCAUAUGCAAAUGACCUUGGAAGUGUGGGAAGAUCUUUACUAAAUAAAAUGGCGUUUACUUAUAAA